CCUCGGUACUGCUCAGAGGGAACAGAGAAUAUUGUCUUGCUGCGUCAGUGUACGUACAGACAAUCUCAAACACUUCAAGCCGAAACCUUGUAUCGCUAUUCAUUAAGAUAUUUCUUUGUUAAAGAAGUUUGUUCAAAACAAAAGAUCUGAAAAUGUCCGUUAGUCAGUGUCGUCAAAACUACCAUGCUGAUUGUGAGGCUGGAAUCAAUCGACAAAUAAACAUGGAGCUGUAUGCUAGCUACACGUAUCAGUCAAUGGCCUUCUACUUUGAAAGAGAUGAUGUUGCACUUCCUGGAUUUCACAAAUUUUUCAAGAAGCAAUCUGAAGAGGAGAGAGAACAUGCUGAAAAGCUGAUGAAAUAUCAGAACAAACGUGGCGGCAGAGUCGUUCUUCAGGACAUCAAGAAACCUGAUCGUGAUGAAUGGGGUACUGGACUGGAAGCUAUGCAAGUUGCACUUCAACUUGAGAAGAGUGUCAACCAGUCCUUGUUGGACUUGCACAAAGUCUGCACCGACCAUGAAGACCCCCAGAUGGCUGAUUUCUUGGAGUCUGAGUAUCUGGAAGAGCAAGUGGAGUCCAUCAAGCAGAUUGGUGACUACAUCACUAACCUGAAGCGAGUGGGUUCAGGUCUUGGAGAAUACUUGUUUGACAAGGAAACUCUGGGAAGUGAUUAAGUCAUGUCAAAUGGACUAUGGCCCAAUGUUUGUCUCUUAAUUCGUCUCACUCUCUGUACAAGUCUUUGACUUUCAGUAAUUUUUUGUGUUAACGAACAAAGUCCUGUUUUUUUUUUUAAAGAGUUGUUUAUUGUAAACAAAUUGUUUGCUGGGCCCAAUAAAAGUCUUAAAAUUUCA